UGGAUUUUAAUUUUGACGAUUGUGGAUAGCUUCGUGGGGAUGACUAUAGAAACAGUGACCCUAAAAAAGGAAAACGCGAAAGGAUCGAUUUUUCGACGCCUUAUGCAAUAUGUAGGCUCGCAGGAUGACAAUUUUAGCUAUUAGUACACGUGGAACUUUUAUCGACGACAACAACGUAAUGUUGCAGCGGCGUCGUGAAGAGUUCUUACUUAACGUUGACCAAGGAUACUUAAGCGUGAAGUGCUCUAGCCACAAAAAUUCACCGUGAUGCCUCAGGAUAUAUGUAUCUGUACGACUUUUCUAGUUAUAUAAGGAAGGCGGUGAAUUAUGAAGGUGUUCACCAUUGCUCUCGUGGCCGCUGUCGGCAGCCAAGCGGUUUUUGCGGAUCAUUCCGAUAAAGGGUUCUUGAAGCGUCAAGGCUAUGCGCGUCCGGAACUGCCCGAUGAAGAGGACAAUGUAUCUUGGGACGAUACGCCAUCGUAUCGACCAACCUCGCCCCCGCCGCGAAGGAACACCGAAGUCCAAUCUCAGGGGCGAAUCCCGCGUCCUCAGCCAGCACCAGCGCCUCCUGCACCUCGACCUCAACCCGCUCAACCAUCCCAAAGACCAGUUUCUGCACACGGGGCACACGGCGGUGAUGACUACGACGAUCCGGCCAAUUGGCGUCUAGAGGACUCGAUUCCGGGUAAACCCGAGUCUGACUAUCCCACAUUCACAACCAUUCCCCAGACCGCAUUUGACUGCAAAGGACAAACUCCCGGAUAUUACGCUGAUAUUGAAGCCCGUUGCCAGGUGUUCCACGUUUGCGAGGCUGACGGUAAAAAGAACUCGUUCCUUUGCCCCGUGGGCACCAUUUUCAACCAGCGUUACUUCGUGUGCGAUUGGUGGGCGAACGUUGACUGCGCGUCGUCAUCGUCCUAUUUCGGACUGAACAACGAUCUGUAUAAGGAGCCUGAGCCCCGACCUCAGCCUGUCCCUCAGCCUGUCCCUCGUCCUGCCCCACGUCCCGCCCCAGCGCCUGCCCCACAAGCUCCAACCCAGCAGCCGUUCAGAAACACCCGUGUCGAUUCCCAGUCCCGCACUCAGCGUCCGGUCAUUCCGGAGCCUGUGACUAGACCCGCUCCUGCGUUCACUACUCCGAGACCGGCCGCACCAGCGCCUGCCCCCCAGAGGCCGCGAGGAGGCGGCGCUUACUCGAACGAUUUCGAUGACGCCGAAAGCAACAUAUCGCAACAUCGUGUUUGGUACAUCCGACAUUAACGUACCAAUCUAGCUAACGAAAUAAAAAUUAAAAAAUCACGAAAAAAACAGUAAGAACGAAAAACAUCUCGUAAACAACGAAAAUGUCAAGUCCUCCCUUCUACCCUUUUCGCAAUAGUUAAAUCUCGUCACUGCUCAGAUAAGUUCUGCUGGAUAGAUACCAUGCUGAUAAUGAUGACCAAAAUUUAGCGUAAAAAACAACACGAACACGAUGAAAAAGGGUGUAGAAUAGAGUAUGCCACCAGGCGAUAUGUUAACUUCAACUGUCGAUCACCAUCGUAGACCCAACCCGAGACAAACCCAAACGCAUGCUGUUAUGGAUGGGAGAUGUACUGAAGAAGCAAUUCAGCUAUAGACGCCACCGCAAAAAUAGACUUGGUGUGGUGUCGAAUGACGAAUGCAUCGUUUACGCGUAAAUCGAGGCAAAAUAUGGGUUGGCAAAGAUCUUUGCUUCCAAGUCCACGUUAACGGGCCUUGUUCCACGCCUUUCCAAGCCUUGAUGUUUUACUAAGAACGUCUAGCCUAUUUAUUGAGCUCGGGUUUUAAUAAGCAACGGAUAGUUUUAAAAGAUGAUUCAGGCAUAUUUGAAUGAUUAACAUUUCAAAAAAUCGAUACAUCUUUUCUAGAGAGCCAUUAGGCCAUCAUUAACAAAAAGAACUUGUCUUCAGAAACGUAAACAGACAGCUGCGACGAGCGAGAUAGCAGUACUAUUGUAACUGAUCAAACAGCACGGUACUAUCUAGAGGUAGAGCCACAGACAUUCGGGCAUACUUCUGAAUCGUUCGAUGCGGGACUUCAGCUCUCAAAGACCACAUAGAGCAAACACUGCAGUAAGUUACAUGUUUAUAUAUGAUAUCGAUAUCGACUUCGAGUCAAAAAGAACGACAGUUAAUUUUAGUAGGAGAAAUGAAAAAUUACAUAUUAAGACAUUUCUGUAAAUCACAUUCUCGGGCAGACAUGAGGAACACAACAGUGCUGCUAGUAAAUAUAUAAACGAAUCGAUCAUACGGUUAGCCUCUCGAGUUGCGAUCGAGCAGUAUCAAUUAUUCCUGCCGGUAGAGUCACACUGAGUAUUUAUGAUAUUUGCAGUGCGGAUCAUUCAGCCCCUGUACGAUAAAGCUAUCCGUCAAUGUGGCACGGCCAUUUUAUUUAUUGCAAUCAUUUUGGGGAAAGGGAAAAUCAAUAUUUUUUUAGGGCAAAACGAUCAAGUCCCGCCUAACAGACCAGCAACAUAAAGACACCAAGUCACUUAAUCCUCGCCGAGUCGUGGAGUCAAUUUUGAAAUUUUUUUUUUGCCUUCCUUCUUCUGAUGAAUUUCGAAUAACCUCAACGCAAUCAAAUAGCAAGACGGAAACGAAUCAAAAAUUUGCGCCGAUAUUCGACAAUCCAGCCGCCAUACUGUCCAUGUUUUAAUGAAUACACUGUAGUAAA